AUGUCGGCGUUACUAAAAAACGUGACUAAUUGCAUUUGGCAUGCGUUUGAGUCGUUACAGAGCAAUGAGGUGGUGCAUAAAUCUAAAUUAAAGGUGUUAACGGCGAAUAUCGGCACACUUCUAGACCUAUACGGAGUGGAGAAAGGCCUGGACCACUUCAGGUCUUCCCAGGAGCUGACCUUUGACGAGUUCCGCUACUACCUUCAGCAUGAGGUCUUCAGUUCUCUGCCAAAAACUCUCACUCUUCCGAUCGCGAGAGAAUUCGAAAAGAAAAUUAGUGAGGUAUGCUGGUUCGUCUGCCGCAAGAAUCUUCUGACUCGAGACAAAGCAGUGUUCGCAGAUGACUCUGUGUUCAAGUUGUUUCGUAUCUUCUGCCUCCUUGCAGACCUGGUGCAGGAUGCUGAUGACUCCAACAGAUAUAUUGUGGUCUUACAACCAUCAGAAGCUGGUUUAGUCGCGGAACAGCUGGUGCACUGCCUUGGAUUACGCUGGGACGCAGCCGAUUGGGAAGCACUUGGCUCCUCCAUAGGCCACUUCAAAUGGGCUGCCUUUCUCGCUGUCCUGGAGGCGAAAUACUGCUGCGAUCAGCAGCUGCACUCAGAAGCACUCGUGGAAGCUGUAGACGAAAUCUACGAUGUGUUUAUUGAGGAUAUUAUUAAGAAGGGUUACCUCUUCAAGAGGGGGUACCUCCUACCAACGAUGAGAGAGUACUGGUGUGUGCUCCAACCGUGUGCUCUCACGUACUACAAGAGUUCCUCUCAGAAGGAUCAGUGUGGGAGAAUUCCAAUUGAUGAAUACUGCUCCGUGGAAGCUGCAGCGGGAGAUGGAAAGAUUCAGAAGUUUCAACUCAUCACGCCGGAAAGGACUUUUGAGUUCGGGACGCAGGAUCACAAGAGUCGUCUCCAAUGGGUGUCCGCCCUGCGCCAAGCAGCAGCCGUGUCUGGUGGUGCCGAAGGUUUCCAAAGGCGUGCACGAGCCGGUCGACGUGGAGCUGGCGCGAGGAGGGAACAAGAAGUGCGGGAGACACGCGCAAGAUUACAGCAUGAAGUCAGAGCUAGACUGGCCGCUGAAGCUCAGGCCCAAGAGCUAGCCGAAUUAGCCCAACAAGACAACAAAAAACUAGAAGAAUUAAAGCACGCACAAGUUGAACUAGAAAAGCUCUUGCAAGAAGAAACACAAGCUAAGAGGGAUGAGGAAAUUGUUAGGGCAUUACAAGCGAGAGUCCUUGCAGAAGAAUGGGAGAGAAGAGAAGAGUUAGAAAGACUCCAGGAGGAACAAAAUAGAAUGCUAGACGAAGAAAGACUAAAGAGGAAGCAAUUUGAAAUGUUACAAGCGGAGAAGGAAGCACAAUACAGAGAGGCUGAACGUCGUCUAAAAGAAUUAGAGCAAGAGAAACAGAAUUUAGAUGCAGAACUACGCGCAGCCCAAGAGAAGAUACAAAAGACUGAACACAAUGCUAAUGCGUUACACGUGCAACUCAGGGAUCUGAACCCAACACUCCGCAACGGCGAGCGAGCCAGGCGUGCUAUCUCCUUCGUACCUACCACCAAGAGUUCUUCCGACACCCUCAUAGACGUCAGAGCUAUAAGGCACUUGAAAGUAUUGGACGAUAAUGAAAAUUUGUAA